AUGAAUAUUUCAAAUCUAAGUCGUGUCUUAGGAAGUUCUGCCCGAAUCGUGUCUGGAAUCCAACCGACGGGAAUUCCCCACAUAGGCAAUUAUUUAGGAUCACUGCGACAAUGGACCGAAUUACAAAAUUCCAUUCCGUCUAAUUCUUCUUCUCAAUGUUUUUUCUUUGUCGCUGAUUUACAUGCAUUGACCGUCCCCCAGGUUCCUCAAGAUUUCUAUCAAAGGCGUAUGGAUACCUUGGCAAUUCUGCUGUCCAUCGGCAUCGAUCCACAGAGGUCCACCCUGUUUUUCCAAUCUGAUGUUCCCUAUCACACCGAGUUGAACUGGCUGAUGGGCUGUCAUACCCCAAUGGGUCAGUUGAAUCGAAUGACUCAGUGGAAGUCGAAACUUCAGCUCCAUGAGAUGGACGCUGUUACGUUUUUGAAUACAAAUCUCGCUUCUUCGGGUAAAUUCAAUUUAGGCCUCUUUUCGUAUCCAGUCCUUCAGGCAGCAGACAUCCUUCUCUACGGCGCUACUCACAUCCCUGUCGGAAAGGACCAAAGUCAACAUAUAGAACUUACGCGUACUAUCGCACGAAAAAUUAAUUCUACUUUUAAAAAAGAGUUAUUCAUAAUCCCAGAUAUUAUUUUAAACUCAUCAAGUUCCAUCAUGGCAUUGAAACAACCUAACAAAAAAAUGUCCAAAUCCGACCAAAAUUCAAAAAAUUAUAUCCUUUUAACUGAUUCUGAACAGGACAUUAGGAAAAAAAUCGCAGGCGCUGCUACCGAUAAUAUUGAAGGCAUUACCUAUGGAGAUCCAAACCGGCCUGCAAUUAAUAAUUUACUAAACAUGACGGCUGCUAUGACGGAUUCAAGCCCCAUUACAAUAGCCGAAAAAUUCAAGCAUGCGAGACACUCAGAAUUUAAGUCGUCCGUAGCUGAUAUUAUGGUUGGUAGUAUCACCCCUUUUGCAAGGUCGUAUCAGCAAUGGAAAGCAAAUCCAUCCGAACUUCAAUCUAUUGCUGAAAAUGGAGCGAAAAAAGCAAUGAAUCAAGCAUUUCCAUUUAUGAAGGACUUUAAAAAUACAUUUGGUUUAGGGCCUUAA